AUGGCGCAACUCGACACUCUUGACCUUGUUGUUCUGGCAGUGCUCUUGGUGGGUAGCGUUGCCUACUUCACCAAGGGCACUUACUGGGCUGUUGCCAAAGACCCCUAUGCUACGUCUGGACCAGCCACGAAUGGCGCUGCAAAGGCAGGUAAAACCCGCGAUAUCGUUGAAAAGAUGGAGGAGACUGGAAAGAACUGUGUGAUUUUCUACGGCUCUCAAACCGGAACCGCCGAGGAUUACGCAUCCCGACUGGCAAAGGAAGGUUCUCAGCGCUUUGGCCUGAAGACCAUGGUCGCUGAUCUUGAGGACUAUGACUACGAGAAUUUUGACAAGUUCCCCGAGGAUAAGGUCGCGUUCUUUGUUCUGGCGACCUAUGGCGAGGGUGAGCCGACAGACAAUGCCGUGGAAUUCUACCAGUUCAUCACCGGUGACGACGUUGCUUUCGAGAGUGGCGCGUCCGCCGACGAUAAGCCUUUGUCCGCGCUCAAGUAUGUCACUUUUGGUCUGGGUAACAACACUUAUGAACACUACAAUGCCAUGGUCCGCCAGGUUGAUAUCGCUCUUACCAAGCUUGGAGCGCAACGUAUCGGUACCGCUGGUGAAGGUGACGACGGCGCUGGUACAAUGGAAGAGGACUUUUUGGCCUGGAAGGAACCCAUGUGGGCUGCUCUGUCCGAGUCCAUGAAUCUGCAGGAGCGCGAGGCUGUUUACGAACCGGUUUUUGCUGUGGAGGAAGAAGAAUCCUUGAGCCCCGAGGACGAGGAGGUCUAUCUCGGUGAGCCAACCAAGAGCCAUCUCGAAGGUACCUCCAAAGGACCUUACUCUGCGCACAACCCUUACAUCGCCCCCAUCGUCGAAUCCCGCGAAUUGUUCACUGUCAAAGAUCGUAACUGUCUUCACAUGGAAAUCAGUAUUGCCGGAAGCAACCUCACUUACCAAACCGGCGAUCACAUUGCCGUCUGGCCUAACAAUGCUGGCAUGGAAGUCGACCGUUUCCUGCAGGUCUUCGGUCUUGAGGAGAAGCGCCAUACCGUGAUCAACGUCAAGGGCCUUGAUGUGACUGCCAAGGUUCCCAUCCCAGCUCCCACUACUUACGACGCCGCUGUUCGUUACUACAUGGAAAUCUGUGCCCCCGUUUCGCGUCAGUUUGUGGCUACUCUGGCUACCUUCGCUCCCGAUGAGGAAAGCAAGGCCGAGAUUGUGCGCCUCGGUAGCGACAAGGAUUACUUCCACGAGAAAAUCACCAACCAGUGCUUCAACAUCGCCCAGGCUCUCCAGAAUAUCACACCGAAGCCGUUCUCCGCUGUCCCGUUCUCUCUGCUCAUCGAAGGUCUCAACAAACUUCAGCCUCGCUACUAUUCUAUCUCCUCGUCGUCUCUCGUCCAGAAGGAUAAGAUCAGUAUCACUGCUGUCGUUGAAUCGGUUCGCUUGCCUGGUGCAUCCCACAUUGUUAAGGGUGUGGCCACCAAUUAUCUCCUUGCUCUGAAGCAGAAGCAGAAUGGCGAUCCAUCUCCCGAUCCUCAUGGUUUGACUUAUGCUAUCACCGGUCCACGCAAUAAGUACGACGGCAUCCACGUUCCAGUUCAUGUCCGCCACUCCAACUUCAAGCUGCCUUCUGAUCCCUCUAAGCCAGUCAUCAUGGUUGGCCCCGGUACUGGUGUUGCUCCUUUCCGUGGAUUCAUUCAGGAACGUGCUGCUCUGGCUGAGAAGGGCGAGAAUGUCGGUCUUACGCUUUUGUUCUUCGGGUGCCGCAACAGCACCGAGGACUUCCUGUAUCAGGAUGAGUGGAAGGUCUACCAAGAGAAACUCGGAGACAAGCUCAAGAUCGUCACUGCCUUCUCUCGUGAAACUGCAAAGAAGGUUUAUGUCCAGCAUAGACUGCAGGAGCAUGCCGAUCUUGUCAGCGAACUCCUGAAGCAGAAAGCCAUUUUCUACGUUUGUGGCGAUGCGGCAAACAUGGCCCGUGAGGUCAACCUCGUCCUUGGUAAGAUCAUCGCCAAGUCGCGUGGUCUGCCUGAUGACAAGGGCGAGGAGAUGGUCAAGCAUAUGCGCAGCAGUGGCAGCUACCAGGAGGAUGUCUGGUCAUGA